UGCCAGGUUUGAGCCACACAGCAUUUUGCAAUACGAAGAACACAUUGUCCUCACUGCACGACUCCAAAAUGAAGGCCUACCUUGUGGUCUGUCUGGUGUGUAUGAUCUUCCCUGAGAUCUUUGCAGUCGAUGUGGUUGACAUCGUACCAGGUCUUUCAUCAGAUGUGGUCGUACCAGUCACUACCGACACCGUGUACCUUCAGAAGCCAUUUUGUUACUUUGACAAAGUCAAUAACUCAAACUGUAUUACCAAUUCCCCAUGUUCUAUACGGCUGGUGGCUGCACUGAGCUCCGCAACAAGCACAUUUGACGAAGACAAACAAUCGAGUGGUUUCCUCUUUGACACUCCAUAUAAAGAUGCUUUUGGUCCUGGUGGGAAGGACUACUUUCUGACCAACCUUGGUCCUCAAAGUGAUUUCCCAUGCCCAGCCCCUGGUACUACUCCUUCCUAUUACCUAGUUGGAGCAGAUGGUGCUUGCAGUACCACGAACUGCAAUGGUGUGUUGCCUGAAGGCUCGACUGUGAGGUUUAAGCAUAUUCUUCUCAGUCAAGGCACCAAUCUUGUUGCAGAGACACGUUGGUCUGACAACAUUACUCUCAUGAACGUUUCCACAGUAAAGCAUCCUGAGAGUCUUGGUAGUGGCUAUGCUGGAAGGUCCGGCGCAAUGGUGGUGAUCACAACAAUUCUUUGUAUUGCUGCGGUCCUGCUUUUGCUAUUGCUGCUCAUUGCCUUGAUACUGGCCUGCUGCUACAGCAAAGGGACAACACAGUCAUAUGACGCAAAGCGUCAAACUUCAGUGGGAGGAUCCCUCCGUAUCCCCAGCUAUGACGUGCACUACCUAAAGGAAAGUGCCCCCUAUGACAACCCUGCAUAUGAGCAAGACCUGAAGAAGAGAUACGCUACGAAUUCCACACUGCCCCAGAAAACCACAACAGUCAUCACCACGAUGCAAUCUGAGUUUCCGGACAACGUCACUCUGCAGAAAAUGUGAAAAAAAAAAAAUUGUGGGAAAACACUCUGAUUUUCACAGCACGCAUGAUAUCUGACACUUUAAGAAAUGAUUUGAUCAAAUGCAAGUUUGGCUAAAAAUAUGGGUGGCUAAGCACAGCAUGAAAGCCUACUAACUAGUUUGAUGUGUUUAAUUCACUCAGAUUAAAAUUUUAAACAUU